UCAACGCUUGACAAUUUAUCUAAAUUCGAAGUUGUGUUGUUUGUUCUUUACGUACAAUUUUUUUCAAGCACUAUGGUACAUUUGUUCUAAGCGUUGAGGGGUACGGAAAAUUUCAAACGCAAAAUGGCCUCGAUGGACAGUCUAAGGGAGAAGAAAAAUGAGCGCCAAACCGAAGACGAGGCCAGUACACAGCGGCUGAUUCGCUUGUACCGCGCCAACCAGUGUCUCUGGAAUCCCUACUCACCGGGCUACCACUGCAUGCCCCUAAAGCAGAGCGCCUGGAAUCGCAUCACGCGGAUUCUCAACAACGGUCUCACAACGGAUCAGGUCAAGGGUCAGGUGCUCUCCCUGCGAAACUACUACGACAUGGAGCGUCAGGCGAUCAAGCGUAGCCAGCGGGAGGGAUUCCACUAUGUGCCCUGUCGCUCUAUUUUCAAUGACCUCCAAUUCCUAGCCAAACAGGAACUGGGCGAGGCAGAGGAGUCCAAGGCCAUACCCAGCGUUCGCGACGACCAAGUGCAGUGCAUUAUUGAUGAUGUCAUGCCCGUCAUGAACAAGGACUGCGCGGAAUGCAGGCGCAGUUUACACGUUGACUUCCAUAUACCCAUCGGCGAGAAAAGAUCCGAUUCAAUUAUCUCUUCUUCGAAUAAUAGCUUCGAGGAAGAAGAAUAUGACAGCUCGUCCUUGUAUGACUCUGACCUCGAGACGCUGCCAACUGUACUACCACGUGCCACUUCUGGAGCCGAUCGCCAGUAUCAUCGACAAGAUGAAGAGGAGUCCAGCGACUCCUCGUACCACCACCAAUCCAUGCAACAGUAUCAUGGGAGAGGCGCUCGGGAAGGAGGACCCCAAAGAUAUUCGAGACCGGCGGAAAACUACAGUCACAGCUGCUAUUACGGGCAUAGGAGCAACCACACCACUGAUGUCUCUGUGGGUGAUGAAGAGUCGCCGUGCAGGGUGCAAGACAUGUCGAGUCCAAGACAGUAUGGUGCGACUGGGCAAAAGGGAGCACUCGCAUCCAACACUCGCAGCCCACCGAAGCAGCAUCAGCAAGUGCAACCACCCAGACCCAGAUCUGGUAUGGAAGCCAGCAACUGUGACUCUCAAGGCUCCAAAAACACUCUCUGCCGUCCAUCUACGGGCGAGAAAGCGUGCAAUGUCCUGUUGCUCAAGUUUAAUCCACGAAAUUCAACGCGGCCUCUCACAAACAACAAAACCAUCUGUGUCAAUCCCCCUGCCAACUACAGCGAGAGCCGAGAGGACAAUCGAGACUAUCGCGACAAUAACACCAGCGAACAGGAACUUCAAUCAGCAGCAACUCCAGUGUACGAGGACACCAAGUAUUACGGCAACAACAACGAAGCUCUGCCAGCGGACGCGGACUGGUGCUGCAGCUAUGACCGAAGUGCUCAAUACACUCAGGUAUACGGGCAGCAGAUCCCACAGCAAAACGAGCCGAAUGAGAUCUUUUAUUAUCCGGAAGGAACAGACCCAUACGAAUAUAUCGAAUGCUACUGUCCGCCUGAUCAGCUGUAUAGUCAGGAAGACGCACCGGUAUCCAACCAAGGGCCAACGAGGCGUCGUCCGCCGCCACCGUUUUCUGAAUACCACAACACCGGUCCGGAUGCAUAUAGAUCCCGUCAGAAUGCCCGACCAGCUGCUGCACGAACGACAGAAGAGCUUAGAGCGUCCAGCUCCAAAGAUAUUACUGCAUCCGCUCCGAAUGUGCGAAGUUGGGGAUCCCGUAGCUCUGGACCAGAUUCCGAUGUGGCCCAACAGUGCGCUGCAGUGGCUGCACAAAUUAUGAAGGAUUAUCGUCUCCGCAAAUGCGUGCAGCCAACGUACACGGAUGACGACAGUGAUUUCUGCGAUGAGCCAGUGGCCAGGCGACCCCAAAAAAAUUACCGGACCGCAGAAAUGGUUUCUGUAGAGUGUCCAGCCCGGAAGCGACAACAAAGCAGCAGAAAUGAAGUGGAUUCCGAGGCUUCAGCUAAAAGGCAAAGCGGGAGGGCGAGUACUCCCACGAAGGUGCCGAAUUCAGGAGAUCCUCAGCAAAAGUUCUUGGCCAGUCUAAAAUCGAAUUACGACAACCAGGGAAGGAGGACCCCCAAUCAAUACAGACAGGACAGACAACCAGGCCAGGACGAGUACGAUGACCAAGAAUGUGUUGCAGACUGCCCGGGAAUCUCCGGGACUAAGGAUCGUAGAGGCGAUCGGUAUCCACCACCAUGUCUGUCAGCGCUCAGUGAUAACAACAAUCAAGAGGGUGGCCAGGAGAAAUUUUACCGAAAACCGAGUCCACCAUCACCAGCAUCAACGCCCUGCGAAGAUUACGAUACGGAUGCCGAGCAGAGUCCAAAACGGAUUCCCCAGCGUAGAUCGUAUCCACGAGAGGAAGCCCAAAACAGACGCGCCCCACCGCCUUAUCAGAGAUCUGAGGAAACCACUUGCAAUGAAUCGUGCCCAUCACUAAACCGAAAUGCAAUGGAUGUGCCGCCAAGACAAGCUCCAAGGAGAACCUCCGAUAGAGGCCAGUAUAGUCAGCCUCUAACCUCGCAACAGAAGCGCAGGCGAUCUGACAACAUCAACGAUUUACAGAGUAAUCAUAAAGAGCGCCGGCCUCCAUCAUCACGCCAACAGCAACUACGAGGCCCCAGCAACAGUGAUGUCGAUUAUAUCGAGUGUCCGAAUCGAAGGGCUUGGUCACGCGCACAAAAUGCAGAAUAUGCGCAUCCUGCUGGCAGAAAAAGACGUUAUAUGGAGGCCGUCGAAGAGCCAUACAUGGCCAACAGAUCCCUGCCAAACAGCCCAAACAACCGUCAGCCAAUAUCAACACAGAACUCAAAUCAAAUGUACCGUGGCCAAGGAAAGCAAAUGGGUCCAUACGAAGUCGAUGAAUGCCUCUGCGAGGAUGAGCCGAUGGUUCCAAAGAGAACUUCACCUAGGAGAAGUACACAAAACGACCGCCAGCCAGAAAGAACUGCUCCAGAGAUAGCAUCACCAAAGAGAAGCAGCCGAAACAGUCCUCGGAAUGAGCCAGGUAGCCCAGAAGAUCACCAGGAAGAGCCAACUGCUCCAAAGAUAGCAUCACCAAAGAGAAGCAGCCGAAACAGUCCUCGGAAUGAGCCAGGUAGCCCAGAAGAUCGCCAGGAAGAGCCAACUGACCCAAAGAUAGCAUCACCAAAGAGAACCAGCCGAAACAGUCGUCGGGAUGAGCCAAGUAGCCAGGAAGAGCCAACUGCUCCAGAGACUGCUCCACGAUGGAAAAGAAACAGCCGAGAUGACCGGCAACAAGAGCAAAACCCAAAACAGAAUUUCCAGCGGAGAUCGUAUCAACGAGACGAGCCUGCGCAGAAUCCACCACAAUCCAGAGGAUUUGAGGAAAUUCCUUGCAAUAAUGAAUCGUGUCCAUUUCAAAACCUAAAUGUUCCAGAGACUUCCUCAUCGAUGAUAAAUAGUCAAGAAGACCGCCAGCCCAAAUCCACACCGACUUCAAACAAAAUGUAUCGUAGCCAAGAAAAGCCAAUGGACCUAGUCGAAGUUGAUGAAUGCCUCUGCGAGGAUGAGCCCAUGGUUUCAAAGAGUACCUCAGCUAGGAAAAUUAGGCAAAACGUCCGCCAGUCAGAGGGAACUGCUUCAGGGAUUGCCUCACCAAAGAGAACCAGCCGAAACAGUCGUCGGGAUGAGCCAAGUAGCCAGGAAGAGCCAACUGCUCCAGAGACUGCUCCACGAUGGAAAAGAAACAGCCGAGAUGACCGGCAACAAGAGCAAAACCCAAAACAGAAUUUCCAGCGGAGAUCGUAUCAACGAGACGAGCCUGCGCAGAAUCCACCACAAUCCAGAGGAUUUGAGGAAAUUCCUUGCAAUAAUGAAUCGUGUCCAUUUCAAAACCUAAAUGUUCCAGAGACUUCCUCAUCGAUGAUAAAUAGUCAAGAAGACCGCCAGCCCAAAUCCACACCGACUUCAAACAAAAUGUAUCGUAGCCAAGAAAAGCCAAUGGACCUAGUCGAAGUUGAUGAAUGCCUCUGCGAGGAUGAGCCCAUGGUUUCAGAGAGUACCUCAGCUAGGAGAAUUAGGCAAAACGGCCGCCAGCCAGAGGGAACUGCUUCAGGGAUUGCCUCACCAAAGAGAUCCAGCCGUGGGAACAAGCCCAUGAUUGAUGAAGCUGAUGAAUGUCCCUGCGAGGUUGAGUUCAGGGUCCCAGAAAUUUCAGCUCAGAGGAGUUGGCAAAACGAGCGUCCUGAUGGCCGAAUGGUUCCAGAAAUUGGGUCAGAAAAGAGAAUCAGCCGUCAGAAUGAGGCCAGUGUUCCAGAGAUCGCCUCAUCGAAAAGAACCAGCCGAAACAGUCGUCAGGAUGAGCCCAGGAGCCCAGAAGAUCGGCAGGAAGAGCCAACUGGUCCAGGGAUUGCCUCACCAAAGAGAUCCAGCCGUGGGAACAAGCCCAUGAUUGAUGAAGCUGAUGAAUGUCUCUGCGAGGUUGAGUUCAGGGUCCCAGAAAUUUCAGCUCAGAGGAGUUGGCAAAACGAGCGUCCUGAUGGCCGAAUGGUUCCAGAAGUUGGGUCAGAAAAGAGAAUCAGCCGUCAGAAUGAGGCCAGUGUUCCAGAGAUCGCCUCAUCGAAAAGAACCAGCCGAAACAGUCGUCAGGAUGAGCCCAGGAGCCCAGAAGAUCGGCAGGAAGAGCCAACUGGUCCAGGGAUUGCCUCACCAAAGAGAUCCAGCCGUGGGAACAAGCCCAUGAUUGAUGAAGCUGAUGAAUGUCUCUGCGAGGUUGAGUUCAGGGUCCCAGAAAUUUCAGCUCAGAGGAGUUGGCAAAACGAGCGUCCUGAUGGCCGAAUGGUUCCAGAAAUUGGGUCAGAAAAGAGAAUCAGCCGUCAGAAUGAGGCCAGUGUUCCAGAGAUCGCCUCAUCAAAAAGAGCCAGCCGAAACAGUCGUCGGGAUGAGCCCAGGAGCCCAGAAGAUCGGCAGGAAGAGCCAACUGGUCCAGAGAUUGCCUCACCAAAAAGAACCAGCCUAAACAGCCGUGGGAACAAGCCCAUUGUUGAUGAAGCUGAUGAAUGUCCCUGCGAGGAUGAGCCCAUGGUUCCAGAGAGUACCUCAGCUAAGAGAAGCAGGCAAAACGAUCGCCAGCAAGAGCGAAUUGCUCCAGAGAUUGCCUCAUCGAAAAGAAAUAGUCAGAACGGCCGUCAGCCAAUGCCAAUAGAUCCAUUCGAAAUUGAUGAAUGCCUUUGCGACGAUGAGCCUGAGUUUGCCGCAUCAGAGAGAGACCGCAUUAAGAACAAUAGGAAGGAUGAUGAAAGGGAUACCAAUGCAGACUUUAAGAUGGAAAAUAUGAAGGGAGUUGGAAACGAUGUUGAAGAGCCAGAGAAAAACACACGCAAAGGGAACAGUGCGGCUAAGAAUUAUGUGAACGAAGAGAGCAGUGAAUCCGACUACGAGGAUGCUGUUGAUUGUGAACGGGAUCCCAAUGAAUGUACAAAGAAGGCCAAUGGGACGGGAAGAAAAGACCAAGAGAAUGUUGGCAGUGACAGUGAGUACUGUGAUUUCGAAUGUGGGGUGGAGUGUCCAAGUAGGAAAAACAAUCGAAACGAACCUGGGAACAGUAAAAAUACCAAAAAUGCUAUACGUGGGGAUAAUACAGGGCCUGAAAGUGUAUCUGAAAAGAAGAACCAGAUGAAAAGUAAGGUUGAUGUGGAUGACUCUUCUAGUAUUUAUGAUAGCGAGCAUAAAGAGGACAACCAAACAGACGAGAAACAGGCGGAGGAUCCAACAGACGAGAAACAAGCGGAUGAGCUUAUAAAGAAGGAGACAACAGAUGAGACUGAGUCUAAAAGCCCCAAGCCGGUAGAUAAGGAUCUUUCCAUGGAGUCGGCCGAAGACACUCAACCUAAGGCUCAACGUGGCCAGAAUAAUACUGCGCAAGGCGUAAUGCCCGCCCAGAGGAAGCCACGCGCUCAGUAUGUUGCCAAGACAUCGACAUUGCCGGCGGGAGUAAGGUGUCCGCGGUGUCAGGCCAUUGCAGCUCGGUCCAAUGCGUUCCCGAAGUCGAGGCUCAGGUCUUGCUCUAACCCGGAAGAAACGGCAAAGAAGGCCAUUCCGGCAAGAAGUAGCAGCGGUCCAUGUGGCAGACCCUAUUGUCAAAUCAGCGGUAGGAGAUCCAUGAAACGCACCGACUCUGAUGGUGGACCCAGUAAGCCCUUUGAUUUACGCUUGGCUUCAUACUACAUUUGCCAAUUACAGGAUGAUGAUGAAGCGAAUCAGUAUCUGAUUAUUGUGCCCGAAGCUAAGUUUCGUAGGAUAAGUGCCCACAGAGACUGCCCAAGACAAGAGUCUGCGAAGAGGGGGCCCUGCUCCCCGCGGCAGUGCUCCGGCUUCGAGACUUUGUCUUGGGCCAGUACCAGGCCCCCACACCAAUCAUAUCCGAGGAAAACGGAGGGUCUCUCCGUCCUUGGCUCCUAUCUAGUGCCACCAGUCGCCGCAGAGACCACCAUGACCAUUAUCAAGCAGCACAUUAACAAGUCGAUAGUGGACCGCAAGCCACCAAAAGAACUCAUCCAGAAGAACCCCAAAAACAGCAGCAGCAAGAAAAACGACAGGUCUCCUCCUAAGAUGCCACGUAAGCCAAAAACCAAGCCGAUGACAUCAAUGGUCCAUACCCAAACGUCCAUCCAGCGGCCAAUCCAUGAGACAAAUUCAAUCUUGGCGGAGAACCGCACCGUACUGCUCACCAACAAUCCGAGCCCAAAGUCCAAUCAAGAGGUAAUCGUCCUGCUCCCACCCGUCCUGGGCUUUCGACCCUCCAAGAACUCUCUCGGCCUGGAUGAUGUGCAGAUGCAGUACGUCAAAGUUCAGCACAGCGAGCCGCAUAUUAGUCCGAAGCCGAUGAAAAAGCCAAAUUUAAGCUGAUUCCAAGCGGUUGAAUUCCCUGCAGCAUAACCCUCCAGCCAUAGCUGUUAUUUCUUCACACAUAGUUCUCUGCCCCAGCCAAUGUACCAGGGUAUCAUAGUAAAGAACAGCAACCAACCG